AUGGACCCUUCGACGUUUAUAGAUCCCCAAUUGACCCUCCCUGACCUAUUGGUUUUGAAAAACCUACUCAAAGACGUUGAAUCAAGAGAUGGGGCACGAAGCGUUGCGCGUGUCGAAACAGAUGUGGUUAUGAUAAGUCAUCUACUGCUGUAUCUCACGACCUCCGUCCCUAGUGCCCUUCUUCUAUAUCACCAUUUUACCUGGCUGCAUGGGAUCGCGCACUGGAUUCUCCAUGUUUGGUAUGCCGGCACAUAUACCCUCAUGAAACACCAAUACGUUCAUAUGAAUGGAAUCUUAGCGCCUCGCUAUUACCUCGUGGACCUAUUGUUCCCCAUCACCACGUUGAAAGGCAAUGGGCCCCGGCGAUCUGAAUUCGACUAUGUGGCUAACGCUCGCGCAACCUCUUGCGUCUUCAUUUUACCGCUCCUAACCUUAAGGCUGGGCCUGAUGGUAGGAAACUGGGGCCAACAUGCUUUUGUGGACGUGUCAGAUCCUACUUCGGAUUUUCGAUCUAGCAUUACAUUGAUUGACGUUGCGAGCAACCGUUUCUGUUUCAAUGACGGGUAUCACACUUCCCACCACCUACACCCUCGUCGGCAUUGGAGGGAGCAUCCAGCAGCAUUUGUGAAGCAAAAGGCAAGAUAUGCAGAGGAGCGAGCCUUGGUAUUCCGGAAUAUUGACUUCCUCAUGGUCACACUGAAACUCCUUCAGAAGGAUUACAUGUACCUGGCGAAGUGCCUUGUGCCAAUUGGUGAAUAUCAAACCAAGCUGUCACUGGAGCAGCGGGCUGAGAUGCUCAAAAGUCGGACACGCCGCCUGACGACAGAGGAGCUGUGGAGUAAAUUCCACAAAAACAAACUAGGAUAA